AGUCCAUGCCACCCACCGUACCGUACUCUUAAAACCCUUCUUGAUCCUCUUCUCAGACUCCUCACUCACUUUCUUCCUCGUUUUACUGAUUUGGAGAUGCUUGGUGGGUCUCUCGUACUCUCCCCUCUAUUAUUCGGUUCCACAGGAGGUUAUAUUACGUGUGAUACUCCGUGGACAACCCUUUUGGAUUAAAUAAAUUAUGUAUGUUCUUCUUUGAAGUUGUUUGUUGACUUCUUUAGAAAGUGUUUCUGACUUCUUUCAACAGUUUGGUAUGGAAUGGUUGGUGAAUUGAACUUCAGACAUUUGGGCAUUCUGGUUUUCUAACCUUUUGAUAUCCAUCACUGAAUUGUAAUUACAAGAAUUGGGUUUUUCCGCUGUUGAUAAUGGCGACUUACAUACGUUGUCCUUUUCUGCCUUCUGAUACACGAAAUCCAGUUGCAAUGUUGGGCAUUCCUAGGAGAGUAAUGAAGGCUAGAGAUACUUGCCCAAAUACGAGUUUCCCUCAAUUUAAAUGUUCGAUGAACUCUCAGAGAGUUAGCCCAAAUCAGAGCAAAGACCCUUUUCUGAAUCUACACCCUGAAGUUUCGAUGCUCAGGAGUGAGGGAAGCGACACAGCUACUAGUUUAAGGAAGGAGAGCUUCAGUGGAAGUAGCACUGAGAGCUUGAGAGAAUCCUCUAUUCUAAGUAACUACAACGAAGCCAAGAUCAAAGUUGUUGGCAUUGGAGGUGGUGGCUCGAAUGCUGUCAAUAGAAUGAUUCAGAGUUCUAUGCAGGGUGUGGAGUUUUGGAUUGUCAACACUGAUGUUCAAGCCAUGAGGAUGUCGCCUGUGUCUGCUGCAAGUCAACUACAAAUUGGACUGGAACUAACCAGGGGUCUUGGUGCUGGUGGGAACCCUGAAAUUGGCAUGAAUGCUGCAAACGAAAGCAAAGCAGCAAUAGAGGAGGCAGUUUCUGGUGCUGACAUGGUCUUCGUAACAGCUGGAAUGGGCGGGGGAACUGGCACUGGUGGGGCUCCAGUAAUUGCAGGAAUUGCGAAGUCAAUGGGUAUUUUAACUGUUGGCAUUGUCACAACUCCAUUCUCUUUUGAGGGACGAAGGCGUGCUGUUCAAGCUCAGGAAGGAAUCGCAGCUUUGAGAGACAAUGUUGACACACUGAUUGUUAUUCCAAAUGACAAGUUGUUGACUGCUGUUUCACAAUCUACUCCAGUAACUGAAGCAUUUAAUUUGGCUGAUGAUAUACUUCGACAAGGGGUUCGUGGUAUCUCUGAUAUAAUAACGGUCCCAGGUUUGGUUAAUGUUGACUUUGCAGACGUGCGAGCUAUCAUGGAAAAUGCAGGGUCAUCUCUAAUGGGAAUAGGAACUGCAACUGGCAAGACCAGGGCAAGAGAUGCUGCAUUGAAUGCCAUUCAAUCACCUUUAUUAGAUAUUGGUAUAGAAAGAGCUACUGGGAUAGUCUGGAACAUAACUGGAGGAAGCGAUCUCACUCUAUAUGAGGUAAAUGCUGCAGCGGAGGUUAUAUAUGACCUUGUAGAUCCAAAUGCAAACUUAAUAUUUGGAGCAGUGAUAGAUCAAUCACUAAGCGGCCAAGUCAGCAUAACUCUGAUUGCCACUGGAUUCAAACGUCAAGAGGAAUCUGAAGGAAGGGACAUCAACCUGGGAAUCAAUAGACGUCAAUCUUUCACUGACGGCGGCUCAGUGGAGAUCCCUGAAUUCCUAAGGAAGAAAGGUCGUUCUCGCUAUCCUCAAGCUUGACAUUUCUCCCACCAAGCUCUAGUUCCAUCUUGGAGAUUAAGAUUCCGCCUUGUUAAAGAUGCAGUCUUUUCAGGUUUUUUAGUUUGUUUGUUGCGAAACUGCGAGUUUUCAUAGUAAAUAAAUGUAGUCCUUUCUUUAUCCGUUUGGUUUUAGAGGGAAACAAUUCCUGCUUGAGAGAUAUCAAAGUGCACUAAAGUGCUUGAUUGCAAUAUUUUCAUGGUUGUUGCCUGACAAUGUAUAUAUAGUUUUGUUUUAAUUUGCUACUAGUGCACUACAAGAAUGCUACUUGGGCACAAAUUUAUGAAUAAGUCCAGAAAUCAGUUACAAAACCGGAUAGAUGGACAAGGAUUUUUUUGUUUUU